AUGGCCAACAUUCGAGUCGAUAAUUGCUGUAAUUUCACCACGGUCUCUUCGUCAGCAAAAUUCCUGGAGAAACUCAAAGGGGUAAGCAUCCAUCCAAAUGAGGUCAUGGUAUCUUUUGAUGUUACAUCCCUUUUUACUUCUAUUCCCCAGGACCUGGCGAUCGAGACAAUUGAGCUGCUACUACAAAGCAAAUACGAUGAAACGGAGAACCGUCUUGGACACGCCCAAGUCCUUCAGCUCCUGAAGCUCUGUCUCAGGACGUACUUCACGUUCGACGUGACAAUCUACGAACAGGUGAAGGGCACACCAAUGGGUUCGCCGAUUUCGGGAUUCAUCGCCGGGGCGGUCCUGCAACGGUUAGAGUCGCUGGUUUUCCAACACCACAGACCGCAAUUCUGGGCUUGCAUUAUACUGGUUCUGUCCAUCAUGCCCUAG